UACAGUAAUAGUUACAUUUGCUCGUAGAAAAAAUCAAAGACAAAUGAAGUUAACCACUUAUUUAGUCACCAGUCUGUUGUUAGUGUUUGUUGAAGCAAACAUGGCAAACGCAGAAACGAUGUCGGAUGAUGGACUGGUCCACAAACUUGUGAAGAGAGGUUUACCAUUACCACCAGGACUAAAAAAAUGGUGUAAGAAUGAGGGAGAAAAUUGCUGGGAUUUUAGAUGUUGUUCUGGUUUAAGCUGCGUUGAUCUUACCUGCAAGUCAUGUAAUCAACGAAAAUGCAAAAAUACCCGUGAUUGCUGUAAUGAUUCUAGCUGCAUUUAUGGAAACUGCAAGCCAUGUUACCCGAGAACAUGUAAAAUAAACCGUGAUUGCUGUAUUGAUUCAAGCUGCGUCUCCGGAAACUGCAAAUCAUGUAAACAAAGAACUUGUAAACGAAGUAAUGACUGCUGUAAAGGAUAUAACUGUUCAUACAAAAAAUGCGUACAACCAAAGAAGAAUUAAACACGUACAAGGUAUACGA